UCCAUUGGUUUUCUAGUUUCCACCCCUUAUUUUCUUUGUUUGCCAUUUCACUCUUACUUAUGGAAUGGUUUCAAUAAUGGAGAUAUACUCAAUUUUUUGGUUCUUUUAGUUUUAGUUGGCUACCCUUUUCUGCAACUUAGAAGCUUUUCUUUCCCAGCAAGACAAAGGAUAAAAAAUUACUAGCAUACUCUAUCCUAUUACUGUGUAUAGGUAGCCAUCAACCUACACAGUAAGCUUGUUGGUCUUGCACAUAAAUUUAAUGGCUUUAAUGAAGUUUUAAUGGUUGCCCUUUUGUGCAAGUUUGAAGCAUUUCUUCCCCAUAAAAACAGAGGAUCUUCUCUCUUUCUCCUUAUUUCAUUUUCUUGUUCCACUACUUAGUUAAUUUGGUGAAUGCAUCUAACUCUAUUUCCAGCACUGUUUUGUUGUGAUUUAUGAUCUUGAGAUAUUCUGCAAAUACUAUAUGUUAUCUUAUAUGCAGCACCUUGGAUAAACUAUAAAAUAGUUCUUGUUUUGUAGCAAACAAGAUGUGGCAUCCCGUGAUUCAUGUGAUCUGUGAUUGUGGUCCAUUUGUUUCACAAUGUGCCACACAUACAUUCUUCUAAGUUAAUUCAAUUUGUAUUAUUCCCUGCCCCUUUGCUUUGAUUAUGAUGCUUCUCUCCCUUCAAUGUCAAACUCAGCCAACUUUACUCAACAUCUAUUUGUCAUGUUCCAUGCUAUUCUUUAUUUAUUUCUCCUCCAUUAUUGUUUUCUCAUAUCACAUGUACCUAGUGAUAUUUAGAGUGGUAACCAAUGCGCACACACAGAAGAUUCCAUCAGUAUCUUACUAAAAAGGUUUCUGCUUUUCAAAAAUGCUACACAUUAUUGUAGGAAGUUUGCUUGCAUAAUUCACUUUUUCAAUAUGUUUUCAUGAUAAAAGGAUGUGCCACUGCCAGCCAAUGCAGGCAAAAAUGGGGAAAUUUGCAAUGGGGCUUCUAGUGAUGUGUUGGUUGGGAGGCAUAGCAGAUGCAGAGUACAAACUGUACAAAGAUCCCACAAAGCCAAUGAAUCGAAGAAUCAAGGAUUUGAUGGGGAGGAUGAGCUUAGAGGAAAAGAUAGGGCAGAUGAUGCAAAUCGAACUAGCCGUGGCAUCACCCCAAGUUAUGAAGGACUACUACAUAGGGAGUGUGUUGAGUGGUGGAGGGAGUGCUCCAGGCCCAAAGGCGCCCCCCGAGAAAUGGGUGGAUAUGGUGAAUGACAUUCAGAAGGGCUCGUUGUCAACCCGUCUUGGAAUUCCGAUGAUUUAUGGGAUUGAUGCAGUUCAUGGCCACAACACUGUUUACAAUGCUACUAUUUUCCCCCACAACAUUGGGCUUGGUGCUACUAGGCAAGCAUUUUACAUACUUAGACCCUGAAUUAAUAAAGAAUAUUGGAGCUGCCACUGCACUUGAACUUAGAGCCACCGGGAUUCCAUACACUUUCGCACCUUGCAUCGCGGUCUGUAGGGAUCCGAGAUGGGGCAGGUGCUACGAGAGCUACAGCGAAGAUCCAAAGGUUGUGAAAGAAAUGACUGAGAUCAUUGUAGGACUUCAAGGAGAGAUACCUCCUGAUUCUCGCAAGGGUGUUCCUUAUGUCAAUGGGCAAGAUAAGGUUGCAGCAUGCGCCAAACACUACGUUGGCGAUGGUGGGACUACCAGAGGCAUCAACAUGAACAAUACUGUGACGAGCAUGCACAGAUUGCUUAGCAUCCACAUGUCUCCCUACGAUGAUUCCAUAAUCAAGGGCGUCGCAACUAUCAUGGUGUCCUACUCUAGCAUCAAUGGAGAGAAGAUGCACGCCAACACGAAUCUCAUCACUGGUUUUCUCAAGAAAACGUUACGCUUCAGAGGAUUUGUGAUCUCGGAUUAUAAGGGCAUAGACCUGAUAACCGAUCCGCCCGAUGCUAACUACACAUAUUCGAUUCUAGCAGGAAUCGGGGCUGGCAUUGACAUGGUGAUGAUCCCGCUUAACUACACUGAAUUCAAGAACGGACUAACUUUAUUAGUCAGAAGCAAGUCCAUUCCGAUGAAGCGGAUUGAUGAUGCUGUCAAGAGAAUUCUGAGAGUGAAGUUCACAAUGGGGCUUUUUGAAAACCCGGUAGCGGAUUACAGCAUGGCUCACUAUGUAGGCUGUGAGGCACACGGGCAACUGGCAAGAGAAGCAGUGAGGAAAUCCCAAGUCCUAUUAAAGAACGGGGCGAGCGCAGACGAGCCCCUGAUACCGCUUCCUACGAAGGCGGCAAAGGUGCUUGUAGCGGGGUCCCACGCUAACAACAUUGGGUACCAGUGCGGCGGCUGGACCAUCGAGUGGCAGGGGAAGGGCGGGAACAUCACUUCAGGCACCACCAUCCUGAGUGCAAUAGAAAACACAGUUGAUCCUGACACGGAGGUUGUGUAUGUGGAGAGGCCGGAAGCUACGUACGUGAAACGUGGCAAGUUCUCGUACGGGGUUGUGGUGGUGGGAGAGGUGCCUUAUGCAGAGGGGAGUGGCGAUAGCUUAAACUUGACGUUGCCGGAGGAGGGGUACAGGGCCAUCGAGAGCGUGUGUAGGGCGGUGAAAUGUGUGGUGGUGCUGGUGACGGGGCGGCCAGUGGUGAUGGAGCCGUAUAUGGAGCGGAUUGAUGCGCUUGUGGCGGCGUGGCUGCCGGGGAGUGAGGGGCAGGGUGUUGCGGAUGUUUUGUAUGGAGUGCAUGGUUUUAGUGGGAAGCUUCCGCGGACUUGGUUUAAGACAGUUGAUCAGCUUCCUCUUAAUGUGGGCGACACCCCUUAUGAUCCGCUCUUUCCCUUUGGUUUCGGGCUUACUACCAAGCCCAACGCAGGGUAUUGAAUUGAUGUUUCUCUAUGGAUAUUGUAAUUUAUAAUGGCUCCAAUAAAAUGUACCCAUUUUUAUGUGAA